UAUGUGUCAGUAAUAUACUUGUAUAGAAUACAAAAGCGAGGGCACGCCCCAUUGUUAGACCAUUACAGCUGUCGUCUAUUAGCUGUUUGUCCAUGACACGGUUUACGACUGAACUGAAAACCUCAAACAACAUAAACCGAGGAACACUUGAAUGCAUCAUGCGUCCUCGUUGCCAUGGUUGCAGAGCAGUGGAGAGGGGACAGGAGGAUUAAUCCAAUAAACCAGAUUUAGUACUUUACCAACAUGCAGAAACCAUAUGAAAAAAUGGGCAGAGUCUUGAAAAAUGAGCAGAAUUUUUCAUACACAAUAGGUGAGUCAAACUACUGGGACUCUGUAGAAUCUGACACAGAGAGUUUAGCCCAGGAGAGAGCCUACCAACAGCAGCUGCAGAUGCGGCUCAGCCAGCAUGGCAGAACCGAAUCAGUACAUCUCAACAAUGAGGAUGCUGACAGCUUACAGGAAGAGGAGUAUGAAGAUUCAGAUGACAAUGAGGCUCAAGAUCUUCAGGCUUAUGACAGCCUGGAGGUAGCAGCUCAACCACAAGUCAAGAAAAACCUUGCCCUGUUACAGACAAAAUACAUGGAUACAAAAACAAAUGGACAGAACAAUAGCCAGGUGCUGUCUGACGAUGCCAACUCAGAUCUACGCUAUGAUCCCAACUGGAGGACCAACCUGAAAGGAGCUGGCUGUUUCAAUGAGAGUCCACACACCUCCAUUGAUGAAAAUUACUUUGACCUUAAAGAGAAAUCCUGUCAGUCACAUGAAGAGAGAAAGGAAGUCAUCCUGAAGGAGGGGUACAGGUUAAUUGUCGACACAAGUCCAGCAGUUGUGGUAACCCCUCAAGGGAAUGAGUCUGACCAGCCAUACUGUCUGCAUCCACAAGACGGACAAACUAGCUCGAUAACUUCAUCCCACCCUCAUAGCCAGGCUUUACAACUUAGACCGCCACAAGUGGAUCCUCCAGGUCCACCAGGGAUUCAAAAUAAAACUGAUAGCAUUUCACAGAGAAGAGUGAAAGAGAAACAUGAGAUAAGCAAUGAUAAAACUGGUGAAAACAAUAGCAGUUCUGCUGAGAUGGAAGAAAAACACUUAGAAGAUGUAGAUGAAAUGAGAACUAUUCAAAGAGGAUCUACGCAGCAAACGAGCAUGUCCAAAAUGAGCAGUCCAAAGGAUUUACUGGACAGAACGCAAGAAAGACUAACAGAGGAUAUUGUGGAACGCAACAAAAUAACCCUGGGCCGCAACAUGUCCAAAUGUGGCUCCUACGCCCGGGUGCAUGCGCUGAAGCAGGAGGUGUCUCAUGAUUCAAACAAGGUACGUAAACCUCCAGCACAGAUCAACAGUGCAGCAAGUGAAGAGGACAUUUCAAACCCAGAGGAUAAAUGGUUGCAGAAAUCACUGCAACUCCAGGUCACCCGGAUCAGGAAAGGGAAGAAAGCCCAGCGGAAAGAAAACCCAAAUCCAUUACAACAGCAACAGCCCCCUGCACCAGAGGUCAAAGCUGAGCAGGGAGACAGUCUGAGCUCCCCAUUAACAAAGCCAGCUGCUAAAAGCCAGCUGAAACCUCAAAACACAAGUUCAUCCCACCCUUUGCUUCCAACCAUCCACCUCAACAUCAACCUCAACACUUCAUCCCAUCUUCCUCCAUUCCUGCAGCAGGAGGGGGAGGAUUCCAUCAUCAGUUUAAUGCCCUUUCAUGGGCAUCCUCAUGUGAACUCUGGAUCUGAAAUUCAGCUCGCUUUGGCUCCAGGGUAUCAACGAACUAGAGGAAAACCCUUCAAGUUGUUUCAGGACGGGCUUAAUACAAAAAUAAACCAGUGGAACAUGGAGAAUUUCCCUGGACAAUGGCCAAGGGUACCCGUAUUAAAAGGGCCAUUAUUCUGUGUAGAGGAGGAGCAGAAGAUGAGUUACAAUGAGGUCCAGACAGCACAGUUAACAGAAAACAUCCCCAUGACACCCAACAGCACUCUGUCACAGGGCUCUGGCUCCUAUAAAGUGCUGCCCCCUAUAGGCAGGCCUGGGUUGGAGAAAGAGGCAGAAGCGAGCCCUGAUGGGAGUUUGAAUACAACCCACCAAAUCCAAAGAAGGGUCUCCGACGGUUACCUGGUACAGAUGGAGAAACAGAAGCAUCUGAGGACGAGAACUACUUAUAAGGCUUACAGUCUGAAAGACUACAAGCAGCUGAAGCCAGCUGUGACUCUCCAAGGCCUCGGCCCGGACUACACCGCCACCGAGAAGACAGCUGAGAAAAUGAGACGACAGAAGCUGUAUUCAAAUGUGAUCCGCGAGCAGAACAAAAAGAUAAGCAGGAUUCCCUUUCUACCGGCCAAGGACCCGGAAGCCAAUGACAAGAAAGUUCCCAGAAUGAAGGCUUUGGAGUAUGCGAAGACCAUAGCCAAACCCCCUCUGCAAAUUCAAUCAAAAAUCAUACAGAAACAUCACAUCCAAGGCUCCACUGAGCACGCUCCCUACUUGAAGGAUUUAGACAUAUCCCAGCUGACCACGCUGGAACUCCUCCGAAAACGACACGAAGAAGAAAAACAGGCUGUGGCACUGCUCAGAAAAAUACACACUGUUUGAGACAAGCCACAAGUUGCUUCUCAUUCCAUCACCACUGCUAAGCUGAAAUACUGGAUUUGUCACGACACUCCUUUGCUUCAUUUCUGUGCUUCACAGUUUGGAAAAUCUCACCCAGAUGAGGGAUGACACUUUAAAGCCCACCUGAUUCUGUCCUGGUCCUACUUUACGUAGCCAGUCUCUAAGUGGUAACUCCUCCCCGACACAAAAUGCUCUCAAGCAGCUCAUUUCACUAAUAGAACCCUCAGAUCAUUAUCAAAGCACUAUUUACCUCUGUGCAAUAUUUUAAUUAGAUUAUAGUCUCUAUUUAACCCAUCAUGGACUCUUUGAAGCUCUGUGUUUUUAGUGUUAAGUCCUCAGAUGCGCGAUUGGAAACAAAUGACGGAGCCCUUUUUGAUUUAAUGAGAAACGCUGCCCGUCCAGACUGAGUCUCUUUGCAUCCUUUUUUUUUCGGUCCCACCUACUUGUUUUUUGCCAUUGAAAUCCAGUUAAUUGAAGGAGUCUUUCACCGCUGCACAUGAAGGGGGACAAAUUAGCAUCCCUUUCUGCCCAUUGGGAAGCGAAGGCAGACGUGGAUGCUUUGAUGUGAGAAGCACGCUUUCAGUAGGCGACAGGCUUCCUGAAAAUGAGCUGAUGGCCCUGCUAUUAGGCCCAAAUGCAGAUGCGUCCAUGUGUUGCAAAACGCUUAAUCUUUUAAUUGAUCACCUUCUGCAUGGCCUGUUCUCCAUUUUUUUUUUUUUCUCGGCUCCCUGUUAAUGAGAAUCACAUUUUGAAGAUGGCAUGAGCUGCUUUUCAAAAGGCAGGAUAGCAUGAAAAACCCGUGUAAAAGACAGGAGAGGACUGCAUGUUGUGCAAAUGCACUGAAAGAUAGUGAGCUUGUGGUCAAACUAUUAUAGCUCUUCACAUGCUUAAAAAGGCAUUUUACUUGGUUUAUAAAUAAACAGUGAUCAUAAGUCGCAGAUAUCUGUCCUUAGUCUGUUAUAAGUCAGAUCUACAGUCUUAAAGCAGACUAUUUUAAGUCUGAAUUGGGAUAUAACAGUGUCAUUGAGGGACACUUUAAUCAUCUUUUUGUAUCUUUAAUAUGUUAAACUGAUAAUGGUUGUGUUCUGUUGAUUUUAUAAAUAAAUUAUAAGCAACUAAAUCCUAUAUACAGGUACAUAAUAAUUGAUAUUUAUUAGAAUGCCAAUGUAUAGUGGAAUUAAGUGAUGCUAAGUCCUUUUUUUGUGUAUAUAUUUAUUAUUUCCCAUAAUAAUACCCAGAAGGCUUCAGAAAAUGCUAACAAAUAUGUCCUUAUUCCAGCAAAUUGUAAUUUAUACUUCACUAAUUUCUGGUAUAUUAUGUCAUGAUCAUAUUUUGCAUUUCACAGUGGUUGAAUAAAUAAAGGUUAAUGGUGGGACA